AUGGCUUCAGCGCAAGAAGAUCUUACUUGGCAAGAGCUGUUGGGCAACAACAACUGGGAGAAACUCCUCGACCCACUUGAUCUUUCCCUCCGGAAGCUCAUCCUCCGCUGCGGCGACUUCAUUCAGGCCACCUACGACACCUUCAACAAUGACCAGGGCUCCAAGUACUGCGGCAGCAGCCGUUAUGGCAAGACAAAUUUCUUCGACAAAGUCAUGCUUGAAUCUGCUUUAGACUACCAAGUCUUCUCCUUCCUUUACGGCAUCGUACGUGUCAGUCUCCCUAAAGCCUUUCUCCUCCACUCGAUGUCCCAGGAGUCCUGGGACCGUGAAUCUAACUGGAUUGGUUACAUUGCCGUCACUUCAGAUGAGAGAUCCAAAUCUAUUAGCCGUCGUGAAAUCUACGUGGCGUGGCGUGGGACCACCAGAAACUACGAGUGGGUUAAUGUGUUCGGCGCCAAGAUGGAGUCUAUCGGACCCUUAUUAAAGCAGAGUGUCAAAGUUGGAGAUAAUAGCAGUAGCGACAGUGAUGACGAUGAGAAAGUCCCUAAAGUGAUGCUCGGAUGGCUAACUAUUUACACUUCCGAUGACCCCAAAUCGAAAUUCACAAAAUUGAGCGCCAGGGUACAACUUACGAGGAAGAUUAAGGAGUUGAGGGAACGAUAUAAAGACGAGAAACUAAGUAUAAUCUUUACAGGGCAUAGUUUGGGGGCAAGUUUAUCAGUUUUGAGUGCUUUCGAUCUGGUAGAAAAUGGCAUCACUGACAUUCCUGUAUCAGCCUUUGUUUUCGGCUGUCCACAAGUUGGAAACAAAGCUUUCAACGAGAGGAUGAAACAGUAUCCAAACCUCAAGGUUUUGCACGUAAGAAACAAAAUUGAUCUUAUCCCUCACUAUCCAGGGCGAUUAUUGGGGUAUGUGUAUACAGGAACUGAGCUUGAGAUUGAUACAAGGAAGUCUCCGAGCUUAAAGGAUUCGAAGAAUCCCAGUGACUGGCAUAAUUUGCAGGCAAUAUUACAUAUAGUAGCCGGAUGGAAUGGAGAGAAGGAAGAGUUUAAACUGAGAGUGAAGAGGAGCGUGGCUUUAGUGAACAAGUCGUCUGAGUACUUGAAGGAUGAAUUGUACGUGCCUGGUUCAUGGUGGGUUGAGAAGAAUAAAGGAAUGGUGAGAGAUGAAGAUGGAGAGUGGGUUCAGGCUCAACCAGCUGAGGAAGACCUACCUGUUCCCGAAUUUUGA